CUCUACGUGGGGCGGGGCUCAGGUGCGGGCGCCGCCGGUUGUCCUCUUCGCUGCUCCGUAGUGACGGGGAUUGUUGUGUUACAGAAAUCCCGGGAGCGAGCUGUAUGUAGACUUGCAUGCGGUCUGCUCCCGGGACGUUUGGUGCCGCUUCUGGGGUCGGAGCGAGUUGAUGCGGGAGCUGCUCCGCCAUGUCGCCAGCUCCAGCUGCAGCGUCGACCCCUGCGUCGGUCUCCCUGUUUGACCUCAACGCGGAUGCUCCGGUCCUUCUGGGCCUAAGCCUGGUGAGCCACGCACCGGGGGAGACUUUGGCCCGGGAUCUGCGUACUUCCUGUCCAGGUUCAGGGGAGAGAGAGAGCUCAGAAAGAAAACUACUACAGGGUCCUAUGGCUAUUUCAGAGAAAUUAUUUUGUUCAACUUGUGACCAGACCUUCCAGAACCACCAGGAGCAGAGGGAACAUUAUAAGCUUGACUGGCAUCGAUUUAACCUAAAGCAACGUCUCAAGAACAAGCCUGUCCUGUCUGCCCUAGACUUUGAAAAACAGAGCUCCACAGGAGAUCUUUCCAGCAUCUCAGGAUCAGAAGAUUCAGACUCAGCCAGUGAAGAGGACUUACAGACACUGGAUGAGGAGAGGGCCGAAUUUGAGAAGCCUAAUAGACCUCAGGGCUUCUAUCCCCAUCGAAUUCUUUUCCAAAAUGCCCAGGGCCAGUUUCUUUAUGCCUACCGCUGUGUCCUAGGCCCUCAUCAGGUUCCCCCAGAAGAGGCAGAAUUGCUAUUACAGAACCUGCAAAAUGGGGGUCCCAGAUACUGUGUGGUGCUCAUGGCUGCAGCUGGGCACUUUGCUGGUGCUGUAUUUCAAGGAAGAGAAGUGGUAACACACAAAACCUUUCAUCGCUACACGGUGCGGGCCAAGCGCGGCACAGCCCAGGGGCUUUGGGAUGCCCGGGGUGGAGCAUCACGCUCUGCUGGAGCUAACCUGAGGCGCUACAAUGAAGCCUCACUAUAUAAGGAUGUUCGUGACCUGCUGGCAGGACCAGGAUGGGCAAAGGCACUAGAGGAGGCUGGGACAAUACUGCUGCAUGCUCCCUGCUCUGGCCGGUCCUUGUUCUUUGGAGGCCAUGGGGCACCCCUGCAGAGGAGGGAUCCCCGACUUUGGGAUAUCCCCCUUGCCACCCGCAGACCUACCUUCCAAGAGCUACAGCGUGUGCUCCAUAAGUUGACCACCUUGCAUGUCUAUGAAGAAGACCCUCGGGAAGCAGUCAGACUGCAUUCACCUCAGACACACUGGAAGACAGUAAGAGAGGAGAAGAAAAAGCUUACUGAGGAAGAAAGAAGAAAGAUCCCCAGUGAUGAAAAUGAGGCAUUCAGGCAGAAUGAAGACUCUUCCAAACAGGAUUCAGGGUCGGAAGGAGAAGAUGGCUUCCAGGUAGAGUUGGGAGUAGUGGAGUUGACACUGGGGACUCUGGAUCUUCGUGAAUUUGAAGUAUUGCCCAAGCGGAGGAGGAGAAAAAGAAAUAAGGAGAAAAGCCAAAACCAGAAGGCUGGGGCUUGUAUGGCUCUUCUCCAGCAACCACAAGAAGAUGAGCCUUUCUCACGGUCAACCCCAGCAGCUGCAGCCCCCUUGGGCCCUUGGCUGGAUGAGGCCAAGGCCCCUGGUCGGCCAGAACUCUGGGAUGUGCUUCUAGCUGCUUGCCGAGCUGGAGAUGUUGGAAUACUGAAGCUCCAGCUAGUUGCCAGCCCUGUAGACCCUGGAGUUAUGUCUCUGCUCAGUGCCCCCUUUGGCUCCGGUGGCUUUACUCUCCUGCAUGCAGCAGCUGCAGCUGGAAGAGGCUCAGUAGUUCGUCUGCUGCUGGAGGCAGGUGCCGACCCCACUGUGGAGGACUCCCAGGCCCGGCCACCUUAUGCUGUUGCAGCUGACAAAUCAACACGUAAUGAGUUUCGAAGGUUCAUGGAGAAGAAUCCAGAUGCCUAUGAGUACCACAAGGCUCAGGUGCCAGGGCCACUGACACCAGACAUGGAGGCACGGCAGGCUACAAGAAAAAAGAAGCAGAAGGCAGCCCGGCGGCAACGGGAGGAACAGCAGCGGAAGCAGCGGGAGCAGGAGGAGCAGGAGCAAGAAGAGCAGCAGCGAUUUGCCGCCCUCAGUGACCGAGAGAAGAGAGCUCUUGCUGCAGAACGCCGAUUUGCUGUCCAGUCAGGAGCCCCUACUCCUCCGAUUCCUGACUCUGCAGUUGUUAAUGCUCGACGCUGCUGGAGUUGUGGGGCAUCCCUCCAAGACCUCAUUCCCUUUCACUACCUCGACUUCUCUUUCUGCUCCACACGUUGCCUCCAGGAUCAUCGCCGUCGGGCAGGGAGGCCCUCUUCCUGAUCUUACAGCUACACCUGGGGCCAACUCUAGGCCCUAAGAGGACACAUUCACACCAGCCCUAGGUCUCUUCUUCCCCAUGAAACCAGAGAGUAUACAGAAGUUUAGGGUGGAGGAUAAUCAGGAACCAGGGCAAAGACAGGACCAAAGAGGUGUGUGGAGCUAGUACUGUCUCUGGAACUUUAAUCACAAUAAAGUUUGGCAAG